GCGCGGCGGGAGCGCGCUUGGCGCGUGCGUACGCGACGGCGGUUGGCGGCGCGCGGGCAGCGUGAAGCGAGGCGAGGCAAGGCUUUUCGGACCCACGGAGCGACAGACCGAGCGGCCCCUACGGCCGUCGGCGGCCCGGCGGCCCGAGAUGUUAUCUGGGAAGAAGGCGGCAGCCGCGGCGGCGGCGGCUGCAGCGGCAGCAGCCGGGACGGAGGCUGGCCCUGGGACAGCAGGCGGCUCCGAGAACGGGUCUGAGGUGGCCGCGCAGCCCGCGGGCCUGUCGGGCCCAGCCGAGGUCGGGCCGGGGGCGGUGGGGGAGCGCACACCCCGCAAGAAAGAACCUCCGCGGGCCUCGCCCCCCGGGGGCCUGGCGGAACCGCCGGGGUCCGCAGGGCCUCAGGCCGGCCCUACUGUCGUGCCUGGGUCUGCGACCCCCAUGGAAACUGGAAUAGCAGAGACUCCGGAGGGGCGUCGGACCAGCCGGCGCAAGCGGGCGAAGGUAGAGUACAGAGAGAUGGAUGAAAGCUUGGCCAACCUCUCAGAAGAUGAGUAUUAUUCAGAAGAAGAGAGAAAUGCCAAAGCAGAGAAGGAAAAGAAGCUUCCCCCACCACCCCCUCAAGCCCCACCUGAGGAAGAAAAUGAAAGUGAGCCUGAAGAACCAUCGGGGCAAGCAGGAGGACUUCAAGACGACAGUUCUGGAGGGUAUGGAGACGGCCAAGCAUCAGGUGUGGAGGGCGCAGCUUUCCAGAGCCGACUUCCUCAUGACCGGAUGACUUCUCAAGAAGCAGCCUGUUUUCCAGAUAUUAUCAGUGGACCACAACAGACCCAGAAGGUUUUUCUUUUCAUUAGAAACCGCACACUGCAGUUGUGGUUGGAUAAUCCAAAGAUUCAGCUGACAUUUGAGGCUACUCUCCAACAAUUAGAAGCACCUUAUAACAGUGAUACUGUGCUUGUCCACCGAGUUCACAGUUAUUUAGAGCGUCAUGGUCUUAUCAACUUCGGCAUCUAUAAGAGGAUAAAACCCCUACCAACUAAAAAGACAGGAAAGGUAAUUAUUAUAGGCUCUGGGGUCUCAGGCUUGGCAGCAGCUCGACAGUUACAAAGUUUUGGAAUGGAUGUCACACUUUUGGAAGCCAGGGAUCGUGUGGGUGGACGAGUUGCCACAUUUCGCAAAGGAAACUAUGUAGCUGAUCUUGGAGCCAUGGUGGUAACAGGUCUUGGAGGGAAUCCUAUGGCUGUGGUCAGCAAACAAGUAAAUAUGGAACUGGCCAAGAUCAAGCAAAAAUGCCCACUUUAUGAAGCCAACGGACAAGCUGUUCCUAAAGAGAAAGAUGAAAUGGUAGAGCAAGAGUUUAACCGGUUGCUAGAAGCUACAUCUUACCUUAGUCAUCAACUAGACUUCAAUGUCCUCAAUAAUAAGCCUGUGUCCCUUGGCCAGGCAUUGGAAGUUGUCAUUCAGUUACAAGAGAAGCAUGUCAAAGAUGAGCAGAUUGAACAUUGGAAGAAGAUAGUGAAAACUCAGGAAGAAUUGAAAGAACUUCUUAAUAAGAUGGUAAAUUUGAAAGAGAAAAUUAAAGAACUCCAUCAGCAAUACAAAGAAGCAUCUGAAGUAAAGCCACCCAGAGAUAUUACUGCCGAGUUCUUAGUGAAAAGCAAACACAGGGAUCUGACCGCCCUAUGCAAGGAAUAUGAUGAAUUAGCUGAAACACAAGGAAAGCUAGAAGAAAAACUUCAGGAGUUGGAAGCGAAUCCCCCAAGUGAUGUAUAUCUCUCAUCAAGAGACAGACAAAUACUUGAUUGGCAUUUUGCAAAUCUCGAAUUUGCUAAUGCCACACCUCUCUCAACUCUCUCCCUUAAGCACUGGGAUCAGGAUGAUGACUUUGAGUUCACUGGCAGCCACCUGACAGUAAGGAAUGGCUACUCGUGUGUGCCUGUGGCUUUAGCAGAAGGCCUAGACAUUAAACUGAAUACAGCAGUGCGACAGGUUCGCUACACGGCUUCAGGAUGUGAAGUGAUAGCUGUGAAUACCCGCUCCACGAGUCAAACCUUUAUUUAUAAAUGCGAUGCAGUUCUCUGUACCCUUCCCCUGGGUGUGCUGAAGCAGCAGCCACCAGCUGUUCAGUUUGUGCCACCUCUCCCUGAGUGGAAAACAUCUGCAGUCCAAAGGAUGGGAUUUGGCAACCUUAACAAGGUGGUGUUGUGUUUUGAUCGGGUGUUCUGGGAUCCAAGUGUCAAUUUGUUCGGGCAUGUUGGCAGUACGACUGCCAGCAGGGGUGAGCUCUUCCUCUUCUGGAACCUCUAUAAAGCUCCAAUACUGUUGGCACUAGUGGCAGGAGAAGCUGCUGGUAUCAUGGAAAACAUAAGUGACGAUGUGAUUGUUGGCCGAUGCCUGGCCAUUCUCAAAGGGAUUUUUGGUAGCAGUGCAGUACCUCAGCCCAAAGAAACUGUGGUGUCUCGUUGGCGUGCUGAUCCCUGGGCCCGGGGCUCUUAUUCCUAUGUUGCUGCAGGAUCAUCUGGAAAUGACUAUGAUUUAAUGGCUCAGCCAAUCACUCCUGGCCCCUCGAUUCCAGGUGCCCCACAGCCGAUUCCACGACUCUUCUUUGCGGGAGAACAUACGAUCCGUAACUACCCAGCCACAGUGCAUGGUGCUCUGCUGAGUGGGCUGCGAGAAGCAGGAAGAAUUGCAGACCAGUUUUUGGGGGCCAUGUAUACGCUGCCUCGCCAGGCCACACCAGGUGUUCCUGCACAGCAGUCCCCAAGCAUGUGAGACAGAUACAUUCUAAGGGAAGAGGCCCAUAUGCCUGUUUCUGCCAUGUAAGGAAGGCUCUUCUAGCAAUACUAGAUCCCACUGAGAAAAUCCACCCUGGCAUCUGGGCUCCUGAUCAGCUGAUGGAGCUCCUGAUUGACAAAGGAGCUUGCCUCCUUUGAAUGACCUAGAGCACAGGGAGGAACUUGUCCAUUAGUUUGGAAUUGUGUUCUUCAUAAAGACUGAGGCAAGCAAGUGCUGUGAAAUAACAUCUUAGUCCCUUGGUGUGUGGGUUUUUUUUUUUUUUUAUAUUUUGAGAAUAAAACUUCAUAUAAAAUUG